AUGGCAUCCAUAAUAUCAGUCUCAUUCGGUGGUGUUAAUCAUAGGUUCCAGAUAGGGAAUAACCAUGGCUCUAUUCACGCGGAAUUCUAUCCUCCUGAUCCAUCACAAACGCUCAGUCCCUGGGUUAAGAAUAGCGCUGGUUGGCCUUGGUGGCGUUGGAUACGAUCCGAAUCCCCAUUAACCUGGGUUUUCUGGGUCUAUAUAAGUAAUAAAGCCCGCUUCAAGCAAAGUUUUCGGGACAUCGUAGAUCAAAUCAAACUCCCGGGGGUCGAGACCCUAGAGUCAAUAUUUUUCAGCUUGUCCAGGGUUGGCUCCGGGAUGAGAGAAAAGGAAAAUGGAUUUAUAUCCUUGAUAAUGUUGAUGACGAAUUUCUUUACUUAUCUCCAGUGGCGGGAAAGGACAACCUAUCGAAAAGCUCCACGAAUUCCUUGA